GAAAAGAUCAGCUGACGCGUCUUCCCGGAUCUCCUCCCCAGCUUUGCAAACAGGGAAGCUGCCGCUGCUGCUUUUGCAGGCGGCGGACAGCAUGCAGCAAAGCCCGGCUCGGGCCGUGUUGGUCACCACCAGGCCUGUUCAAAAUGCCCACACCGGGUUAGAUCUGUCUGUUCCAGAGUACCAGGAGAUUCGGGGGAAGAUGAUGUCUGGCCACGUGGAAUAUAAUAUUGUUGUUGUUACUCAACUGGCUGCAUUCAAAUCAUCAAAGCACAAACGGGAAGAUGUCAUUCAGUUUAUGGUCUCGAAGAAAUACAGUGAGAUUGAAGAAUUUUAUCAAAAACUAGUGACAUGUUAUCCACAAUCAUCUUUGCCUCCACUGCCAAGGAAAGUGCUAUUUGUUGGGGAAUCUGACAUUCGAGAGCGAAGAGUUAUGUUCAAUGAAAUCAUGAAAGCCAUUGCCAAGGAAGCAGAUCUAGCAACAAGCCCUGAGUUACUGGAAUUCCUAGGAACCAGAUCUGCUGGUGGGGUUGACUUCAAGGGUAAAAAUCUUCCCGAUAAAGAAGAGGAAGACAAUGAAGCUUUUGAUUUCUUCAGAGAGAAGGGAGUGCCUGAUAUAGUCCCGCAAUUUGAGUCCCUGAAAGAGCGAGAUAUUAAAAGUGCAAAAGAAGAAGAGGAUGAGGAAGAGGAUGGUGAUAUAGACCCUCUUGGCGUGAUCAAAUCUAAAAAGACCAAGAAGCCGUUGCCUUCUCUUGUCAGAGAAAACAAGUCCAAGUUAACCAUUUUUGAUGAAGAAAUGGAUCCAGACGAGGAACUGUUCAGCUCGGCUAAAGAUUUUUCAUUCACUGGCAACAAGAGGAUAUUGUCAGCCAAAGAAAAUCUGAAAUUAUUUGAAGAUCCAGACCUUGGUGGAACGGUAAUGCUCGGUGACUCACUGCUGUUGCCAACAGCUUGUGUGAAGAGAGAGCAUGACCUACCCUCUACCCUUGAUGAGGACACCAGCAAACUGUUGAGUGUGGAAGAGGAUUUUGAGAAAAUGUGGAACUUCAGUGCUAAACCUAAACCUAAACCUAAACCCAAGCCCCAAGUGCCUCCUAAGCCAGCAAUACCAAAGAAGCCAACAACCAGUUCAAAAGUUCCAGUAUCAACAGCCCCCAAGGCAAAGCCAGCAGAAGCUAAGGUUCAAAGCAUGGCAGAGGUGGACAUUCUCAAGUACAUUCAGGAAAAUGAGUCCCUUGGCAGUGAAGAACCGACUCUGUUCUGAAGUGUCUACUGUAGACUCGCCGCUUCAACUUUGAUGAGGCCUUUCUGAGGGACAGCAGGUCCUGAUCAGAGUUUUGGGUUGCCACUUUGCCUGCUGAUCCAAUAGAACAGGUGUUCUGCUCGAGUGGUCCAUAAGCCAUACAUUAAUAAUCAAUGAUGUCUUAUUUUUAGGAGUUUCAAGAGCCUGUGGGAAUUACAUUAAAAUAAGUGCAGGGAAGUUCUCUGUGGCUACACUGCAUAUCAUGGUACUGCCACAUGGUUCAUAUACCAACGCUUUUCACAAACUGAUUACCCGGCUGAGAGGGUAGAUGGCAGAAAGGGAACAGACUAUGAAGUAAGGUGGAUUAAUGGUUCUAAAAUGCGUUUUAAAAAUGGAAAGGGUGGAUUUGUGGCACUAGAACAUAUUUUAACAAGUGGAAAUAGUCAUACUUGUUCCUUUUGGAAGGAGCUACUGGAAAACAGGCAAUAAAAUGCUACUCCCCUCCCCCACCCCCAUGGCUGUGAUUGGUUUUUUUCGUCCCCUGGUUGUAUCCUUAUUGCCAUUUUUCAGACCACAAACUAUGGUGCAGGAAAAGCAAGUUCCAAAAAUACGUGGAUGCAAGUACAGCCACACGAGCAGCAGCAUGUCACUAGUUUCUUCUUCCAACUAGACUUCAUUCUGGUGUAUUCAAAGGUUUCCUGAGUUAGGGCACAGGUUGCCAGGAUGCCUGCAUUCAGGGAAGGGGCUGUGGAAGCUCCCUGUGCACGAUGCCUUGAUCCCAUCUGACACACGAUUCUGGUAUUAAUGUCUUUGUGAUUUUUGUAGCAACAGGUUCCCCAUCCCUGCUGUCGUUAGGAGGUAUGUUUCCUUCAAGAUGCUAGUAUUGUCAUGACUUGAAUCCCCACUUUUGGAAAUUAAUCAGCAGGAUUAGCCAACAGCCAUCUAAAUCUAUUUAUUUAGUUUUCAACAUUUUUGUGAGGUACAAGAUUAUAUUCCUUGAUAAUAGAUAUGUCAUUUCCAGGUCAGUGGGGUGGUGGGGGGGGACCACAAGUUUGGAAGAGAAACAGGGAUAUCAUGUUUUGCAAGGUGAACUGAAUGUGGGUGAGUUGGUGCAAUGUGGAUGGUUUUAAAAUUGACCUUCUGUAUGAACCUGACUUGCGUCUAUCUGGUCCUUCCAGUGUGAGUGCUUUUGGCCUAUAAAAUAUAUACAUUGAAAGCACCAGAUUUAUCAAUAUAGUCAUGUGAAAUAAGAAAGAUCCAUAGGUCCUAAGAAUGCUAUCCUUGAGGACUCUGGGCUCUCUAUUUUCUGUGUUGUAUAAGCCAUCCAAAUAGUGUCUGCCUUCCUUUUUGAUGAAAUGAAAUGGUCUUGAUGAAAUGUUAAGCCAUGGCAAAUACAAUGCUAUAUCUAGGGGGCAGGGGGUCAUUUGACCCAGGCACCAUUCUCUUGGGUCACAUAAGGGGGCACAUUUUGGCCCCUCACAUCUUCCCCUUUCCAUCUCCCAGCCAGCGCCCCGGCCAUACCUAGCAUCUUCCUGCAGGGUCCUGGGCAGCUCCAGCAAGGGCUCCACGUUGGCCACCUCCAUCACGCUCUGCUGCCCUAGAAGCUGCCUCAAUCCAGCCUUUCUGCAGACAACGUGCCCAGCCUGCAGGAGUAUGUUGGGAUGGGUGCCAGCCAAUGUACUUUUACCCCUGCCCAGGGUGACCAUGAAGCCAGCAAUGGUGAUCGCAACCUGAGGGGCAAGGAGGUGAAGGGGGACAAAAGGAGUGCAGUUGGGGGAUGGGUGUGGGGAGGGUUUUUUUUGCAUGCGUAAGCCCUGGGUGCACUUUUGCAUAAGUACGCUACAGAGCAAAUAUUUGCCACGCCUGUGAACUUUCCUUGGUUGCCUAUUAAUGCAGACCUGAAUGAAUGAAUGGAAGACCCCAAAUUUAAAGCACUUUAAAUUGACUGUGUUUAUAAUGCACAGUGGUUAAUGUUUAGUUUCGAACAGAAUAAAAUUAUCUUACAUUAUCAAAAUUAAGUAUAACAAAUGUUUCUGCCAUGAUGCUGCUGUUGGGGGAACUUUGCUUUCCCUUUUUCAGGUGCUGUUAUCAUUUCUGGCUGUGUCCUUGGAGUUCUGUGGCUGGGAAGAGACUCCAGGCUGGACUAUGUGGACUGUCUGCUUCUCAUGUGGGGGUGGGAUUCCUGCACUCAUAUUAUCAAGAGUUUGGUGCAGAACUCUGCCAGAAUUCUCUUUGGUGCAGAACUCUGCCAGAACUCUCUUUCUAUGUUCCUGACAUGUCUUCAAUAAAAGCCUUGAACCAA